UCCACCCAAAUUCUAAAUUGCUACCUUCUCAAGUUCCUCGCCAUCUCUACAAUUACGACUCCAACAAGCUUCAUUGUUCUCUGCUGAUGUUGUUCUUCGAAGCUCUGUUAUAAAUUUUCCCCUUUUGCACCGAGACAUACUCUGUUACGCUUCCUUUCUCAACAACCCUAAAUUUCAUUGUUCGACACCUCCCGAACUCAACUCAAGUCCUCCGUCCGCUGCUCCUUGUCGUCACCGACCUGUGCGAUUUCAGGUGAGAAACUACCAAUGGCAGAAGAAAAUGAAGGAAUAAAAACAUUUAAGGAUUUGGGCUUAUCUGAAUCACUGGUUGAAGCAUGUGAAAAAUUGGGUUGGAAAACUCCACUGAAGAUACAGAUAGAAGCUAUUCCUCUUGCAUUAGAAGGUAAAGAUGUGAUAGGGCUUGCCCAAACUGGUUCUGGGAAGACAGGAGCUUUUGCUCUUCCUAUAUUGCAUGCCCUCUUAGACGCACCUCGUCCAAAAGAUUUCUUUGCUUGCGUGCUGUCUCCCACUAGAGAACUUGCUAUUCAAAUUGCUGAGCAGUUUGAAGCUCUAGGUUCAGAAAUUGGUGUCAAGUGCGCUGUGCUUGUUGGAGGAAUUGACAUGGUGCAACAAUCCAUCAAGAUAGCAAAGCAACCUCAUAUUAUUGUUGGGACCCCUGGACGAGUUUUGGAUCACCUAAAACACACAAAAGGAUUUUCUCUUAGUAGAUUAAAAUACCUGGUCUUAGAUGAGGCAGAUAGGUUGUUGAACGAGGACUUUGAGGAAUCACUUAAUGAGAUUUUACAAAUGAUUCCUCGUGAGCGUAGAACGUUUCUGUUUUCUGCUACAAUGACUAAGAAGGUCCAGAAGCUCCAGAGAGUUUGUUUAAGGAAUCCUGUGAAGAUUGAAGCAGCGUCUAAAUAUUCCACUGUUGACACAUUGAAGCAGCAGUAUCGAUUCUUGCCCGCCAAACACAAGGACUGCUACCUAGUAUAUAUCCUCACUGAAAUGACUGGAAGUACGUCAAUGGUGUUCACUCGUACCUGUGAUUCAACUCGACUUCUAGCAUUGAUCCUUAGGAAUCUUGGUUUAAAAGCGAUACCUAUUAAUGGUCAUAUGAGCCAGCCAAAGAGACUUGGAGCUUUGAACAAGUUCAAAUCUGGGGAGUGCAAUAUUCUCCUUUGUACUGACGUGGCUAGCAGAGGACUGGAUAUUCCCACUGUAGAUAUGGUGAUUAACUAUGAUAUUCCCACAAAUUCCAAAGAUUAUAUACAUCGCGUGGGAAGAACUGCUCGAGCAGGACGCUCUGGAGUUGCCAUUUCCCUUGUAAAUCAGUAUGAACUGGAGUGGUACAUUCAAAUAGAGAAGCUUAUAGGCAAAAAGCUACCUGAGUACCCUGCACAAGAAGAGGAAGUUCUCCUUUUGGAAGAACGUGUUAGUGAAGCAAAAAGAUUAGCUGCCACGAAAAUGAAGGAGGCUGGAGGGAAGAAGAAACGGAGAGGUGAGGAAUAUAAUGAUGGGGAAGAUAUCGACAAGUACUUGGGUCUCAAGGAUGGAAAAUCAUCCAAAAAGUUUAGAAGAUGAAGUCAUAUAACUGACUGUGAGUGUAUUAAGGGGCAGAUGAAUGAAUCAGAUGAAGCCAUGGAAAUUUGAGGAUAGACUGAGUGGUCAUGCAACUUCUGUAAUUCAAUUUUGGGCAAAUUUUGUUACUAAAUAAUGUUUUUCCAUGGAUUGAUUAUAAACAACUUCGUAGUGAUAUUUAUUUCAAUUUUUUUAGUACUAGAUGUCUGUUUCAAUUCAACAUGAAAUCAUCAAGAAUCGAUAUAAAGUAAUAUUAAUUCA